GGCUGCCAAGGCUAGGAAAAAGAAGAAGAACAAUAAAGGCCCAAGCUGGAUACAUCUUCCUUUCUACCCUGCCUCAGUCAAGGACCCACUCAAAUUUAACCUCUUUUCACUUCCACUCCUUUCAUUUAGUCUUUCCUUUUAACAUAGCCUUGUAAUGAUUCCACUAUCUAUCAUACUCGUAGCCUUUUUACAGUUAACAUCCUUAGGUCUCGGGCAACCCAUAAAAACCAAUGAACCACGUAUCCACCAUACCCUUGUACGAUUGCCAAAUAACACCAUUGUAUCCAUCGGUGGAUUCAGCACACUCGACCAAACCUUUGUAGACACUCAAACCCAUCUAGACACCCUACAGACCCACAGAGACCAGUCUAUUGCUGGCCAUACGUCGCACUGGUAUCCACCCACCCAGUCAAUUGUGUCGCUAUUUGGUUUGCACGGGCCUGGCAUUCAGACAAGAGACGAAAGACGUUUGGCAGACCGACACAGGAACAGUUACACCAGCACAUUGCCAGUUUCCCGGUAUGGCCAUACAUCAACUCUUUUGGGCAAAGACCUCUAUGUACAUGGCGGGUUUUCGAUCAACGCGGACCAAUUGGUGCCUUUGAGCGAUCUAUGGCUCUUUCGAUGGCGAUCAAAGACAUGGACACAACCCUCAUUGCACACACAAAACAACCAGAGAAUACCAAUUGCAGGUCACACUACCGUAAACUACCAGAAUUGGCUCUUGUCUUGCUUUGGAAUAACCAAAAAUAACGAAUUGAUGUCCCAUUGUACCUGUUACGACACAAUUACAUCCACCGUUCAUACAAUUCUCGAGGCAUCUCUACCAAAGCCACGAACCAUGGCUACCAUGACAACAUUUCCCUUUGACCCGUCACGCGCAAUAUUGUUUGGUGGCAUGGGCUCAGAAGGUCUCUUGCUGAGCGAUGCAUGGGAAAUCGAUAUGAGCCAAUUACCAGCCCACAUCUCAUGGCGCAAGUUAGCUCAAGGUCAACCCCGCGCAGGCCAUGCUGCCGUGUUUACAGAUGAUUCAAUUGUUCUAUUUCACGGUGGACUAGACGAGAGUAACCAAUUGACCGAAAAAUCUCUAGAAUUUGACACAAAUACCUUUACUUGGGUACUAUCUCCUGGUGUUUUUCGUCAGCAGUUAAUCAAAAGAGCAGACGAAAGUAAUGCCGGAAAAAUAGCAGGAAUUGCUGUAGGAUGUGUAGCGGGUGUAAUAAUAAUAGGUGGAUGUCUGUUUAUGGUGUGGUAUCGCCGUCGCCAGGCAAAAUCUGUUCAAGACAAAGCGUCACAUAAUCCUCGGUUUAGCUACGCCCUAUCCGGAUCUAACCAAAGACGUUCAGCUGCAUCAGAAGUAUCUACUGUCUUGCAGGCACCCGCAGUUGCCAUUCGCUCCUCACGCCUUACACCCAUGAAUCGUACCUCGGAAUUGUUCCCCUCAAUUGCAGAGACCUCUGGCAUAAUUCCUAUCCACUUUCCAUCUGUAGCAGAGUAUUCAGAGCGACAUAAUAAUCAACAUCAACAUCAACAACAACAUCACCAGCAACAACAACAACAACAAUACCAAAAGUCAAGGAGUACACCGAAUAUUACAAAGACAAAUUCAAUAAUAUCUGACACUCCAUCAGUGAAAUCAACAUCAUCAUCACCAUCCAUGGGACCAUCGAUUGCUUUUACACCAGCACGUAUCAAUAAUCGGUUAAGUGAACGGCCAACAAGCGAUGCUCUGUGGAUGCAGGCCAUUCUCAAUAACUCGCUUAUCUGGAAAGAUGAAUCUGAAACAAACCAAGCAGCAGCUCAAGUUUCGGUUCCUCCGUCUCCACGUCUCCUACAGCCUCCCUUAACACCUACAUCUCCUGCAUUCCCUCGAAGACCAUCAAGCGAUAGUCACAAAUCUGUAUCAUCUAUUCAAUGGGUAGGAUUCAAUGAAGGCAUGGAUUACCGCUGGUAUCCAGGUCUUCAAGUAACAAAUCUGCGCAAGAGUCAGCUCUCGCUCAGUACAAACAGUAACCCAGGUACGCCCACCUUUCCACCUGCAGACAGUAGUGGCUCUUCUAUUCAUCAUCAAUAA